AUGCUUUGGAUAGACAGCAUCCCGGGAAUCGAUCGCCGGCGUCUACACGGCAUCUGCCUGGCGUUGGCAAUCUGCGCAUUUUUCAUCGUUGACACGAUCGACGCCGCCACGAACGAAAGUAAGGACACAUGGACCGGGUUCUCGACGUCAUGCACAUCGGAGGACUCGAAGAACGCGUCGGUUUCUUGUCACGGAGUGCGAAUUGUACGGAAGAUCGUCCAACAGCUCCUCGAGACCACCAGCAAGGAACGGGACAUACAACUGUUCGACGGAAUAUCUUUGGUUGAGGUGCCUGGCUCUUCCAGAAAGGCUAGAGUUUUGAAGGGCUUUGGAGGUCUCGGACCCUUCCUACAAUUUCUAGAAGGCAGAGAACUGAGAGUCAAGCUACCGUCUUUACUCCCACCGAAUAUUGAAACCGCUUUGAAGGAGAGUUUGCCUUCCGAAGCUGAAGCGAGAAAGGAGGGCGGUGGUUUUGGCGGUGGCGGCGGCGGCGGUGGCGGUUUUGGCGGCGGCAAAGGUGGUAAGAAGGGCGGUGGCGGCGGUCUCAUUUUAAUGAUGCUCAUGAUGGGUAAGAUGAUGGCUGCUAUGGGUUUCGGCGCAUUGGGUCUCCUAGCUAUGAAGGCGUUGAUGGUUUCGGCAAUGGCCUUGAUGCUGUCAUUGAUUGUAGCGGUGAAGAAACUAGCGGGUGGCGGCGAUGAUCACGGCGGCGGUCACCACGUCGUUUACGCGCAGGAAGUUGGCCAUCAUCAUCGCAAGAAGAGAUCAGUCGUAGACGUUGACUCCACACAGUUGCCUUACAGAGGAUACGCUCAUCUUUACGCUAACUUAGGACCAUCUUGAUGCUUUUAAUCGUUAAUUGCACCAACCUCGAGAUUGAAUUGAUUCUCCAGCUUCUCAACUCUCUUAUCGCUACUAAAGCGAACUUCUCAGAUAGAUACGGCUAGAUACGACUACGUUGACAACAGCACAUUGAUAUUACGCUCACGUAAUUUACAUUUCACUCACAUCAUCAUUGUCCUCUUAUUCAUCAUCACAUUCAUUUAA